AUGGCUAAAGUUGAAAACAACCAAAUUUCUCCAUCUGAAUCGCUUUGUUUGGAAAAUAAACAAAAAAGUAGUAGUAUUGAUAUGUCAUUCAAAGAUAUAUCAUAUAGUGUCAUAUAAAAAGGAAAAUCUAAAAAUAUUCUCAAUAACCUUACAGGAGUUAUGAAAAGUGGUGAAAUUACUGCAAUUCUUGGUCCAAGUGGAGGUGGAAAGACAUCUUUGUUAAAUAUACUCUCUGGUAAGAUUGUAAAUGGAUAAAAUGUCUAAUUAACUGGAUAAAUCAUGGCUAAUGGCUAAACUUUCUCAAAUUAAGAUUUCACUAAAUUUAGUGGAUAUGUUAUGCAAAAUGAUAUCUUAUUAGAUUUUUUCACUGUUAGAGAGGCUAUCUAGUUCGCAGCAGAUUUAAAAGUAAAUGGAACAGCAGAAAAAAAGAAAUAAAGAGUUAACGAGAUAAUAAAAAUAUUGAAACUUGAAAGAUGUUAGAAUACUUUAAUUGGAGGUGUAAGUGUAAAAGGAAUUUCUGGAGGUGAAAGAAAGAGAGUUAAUAUUGCUUGCGAGUUGAUAAGUGAUCCUCAAGUUCUUUUCCUUGAUGAGCCCACCAGCGGAUUAGACUCAUUUACUUCUUACCUUGUAAUUAGGCUGCUGAAAGACUAUGCUCAACAAUAAAAUAAAAAUGUUAUAAUGAGCAUUCAUUCACCAAACAAAGAUAUUUGGGAUUUGUUUGAUAAUGUGAUUUUUAUGUCACAAGGAAGAUUUGUGUAUCAAGGGAAGGCUAACAGUAUAAAUAAUUUUUUCGAUUAAAAAGGUCUUUUUUGCCCUAAAAAUAUGUGUAAAGCUGAUUUCUAUAUGUCUUAAAUAUCAGCCACAAACAUAGAAAAAAAUCCUCAUGUUGUACCUAGCUUAUUCGCAUUGUACGACACCCAAAUUGAGCCUGAAAUGCAGAAAUCCUGCAGUGAUUUAGAAAAAAUUAAUCAAUAAACUGUGAAUUAAUAUGACUUUUACUAAGCUCCUUUUUGGGAAUAAGUUAAACACAUAGCGAUCAGAAAUUUAACAAAAAUAAGAAGAGAUCCCCUCAUUUUAAAAAGUGAAGUUAUUUAAAUGAUAUUUAUGGCUGUACUAUUUGGUUUGGUAUUUUUAGAUUUAGACGAGCUGAGUAGUGAAACUUCUUUAAGAGAUGUCAAUAAUCGUAAUGGUAUCUUAUUUUUAGAUAUAAUGACAAUGUUUUAGUCAGGAUGCAUGUAAAUUCUUAUUUCUUUCCCUUCUGAAAGAGGAGUUUACAUGAGAGAAGAAAACUCAAAAUAUUACACUCCAAUUUCAUAUGCUAUUGGCAAGAUAGCAACUGAUAUUCUACUUAAGAUUUUUUAUCCAAUUAUUUAUGGAACAAUUAUCUAUUUUAUGGUAGGCUACACUCAUGAUCAUGCUUAUCAAUAUUUUAUUUAUAUUGCCGUUCUUAUGAUUAUGACUGUCACUGGAUCAGCAAUAGGUUUCACUAUUGGCAUAAUGUUCAGUGAUCUAAGAACAUCCUCCUCUGUCACUCCUGCUUUUAUACUUCCUCUCAUUCUAUUCUGUGGAUUUUUCAAGAGGAGAGCAGAUUUAGCUUCUUGGAUAGGUUGGAUUCAAUAUAUCUCACCAAUAUCUUAUGCAAUAGAAGCUGUUAUUACAAAUGAAUAUAGAGAUUUUAAUAAUCCUUAUAAUCCCAUAGUUUCUUAGGAUUAUAGCAUGGGAAUAGGAAAAUGUUUUUGGUUAAUGAUCAUCUUAUACGGAAUAUUUUAGUCUUUAUCUAUUUUAAUGCUUUACGUCAAGAGAGGUUCGAUAUAAUGA